ACUUGCUCUUUCCAAUAUUAAUAUUAUCUGAUAAAAGCUCUCCUUCCCAUUUCCCCGAUGCUGCGUGUCCAUGUCUAAUGGCUAGGUGAUUAACCAUCUCGUGCUGACAUUCGACCUUGUUGGUUCUUGCCCAACUUCCGCUGCCUUGUUGCAAUGUGCCAACGGCGACAAGAAUUGAGGAAUUAGCACAAGCAAAGCGGUGCUCCGGUGCCGGGAUUUUCUCUUUUCUACGAGCUCUGAUCGUUCAGUCAUUCCGGGCGGAGGUUUCUUCUUUGGCUGAAUCAAUCGGCGAUGCUUGGAUAAUUUCGUUCCCUCCACGAUCGCGAUGGCCGAUGAUACCAAGUUCCUCCUGUGGCUGCUGCUCCUGAGCAGCUCAUCGUUGUGCCACGGUUCUGAGCUUGACAUCCAGUGCCUGAAGUCCGUACAAAAAUCAGUGGCCGACCCAAACGGCAUCCUCAAAUCCUCUUGGAAAUUCAACAAGAACGGCCGCAGCGGCUACAUAUGCGGAUUCACCGGCGUGGAAUGCUGGAGCCACGACGAUAACAGGGUGCUCACUCUGCGCCUGCCCAACUUGGGACUCCAAGGGCCGUUCCCCCAAGGCCUCCAUGACUGCACGAGCAUGAUCGCGCUGGACCUCUCAGGCAACGGUUUCUCAGGGCCGAUCCCUUCGCGCAUCGCACACGAUGCGCCGCACCUGUCGUACCUGGACCUCUCGAACAACAGCUUCUCCGGCGAGAUCCCGGACGGCAUCGCCAACAUGGUGUAUCUCAACGUGCUCAACCUCGAGUACAGCCGGCUCGACGGCCAGAUUCCGGAGCGGUUCAACGCGCUUGGCCGGUUAACGACGUUCAGCGUCGCGGACAACCUGUUAUCGGGGCCUGUUCCUUCUUUGCUGCGGAAGUUUCCGGCCUCGCACUUUGCUGGUAACCGUGGGCUCUGCGGUGCGCCGUUGGACGGGUGCCCUGGCAAGAGAUGGGGAUUGAUCACGAUCAACGACCAGUCUACUGUCGGAGCGGCUGUCGGGUUCGUCGUGGGGUUCGUGGCGGCUUUCUACUUCCCGCACUGGUUCGGCUUCUCCGGGAGGCCCCGUGCUUGCAGCCUCCGCGUAUGAUCUUGCCACCUGUUCUGGAACUUUGUCUGACAUUAGCGGCAACUCCAACAGCUAUUCUAUUUAUUUUGUCUACCGUUUGAACAGUUAUCUUUCACCCGAUGCGCAGUAUACAAGUCAACUUGGCAUGUGCCGCGUGCUGUUGCUUGCAAUGGGAAAUGCAUAUUUCAACUCU